AGUAAAGCAUUUCGAUAUGGAGGGUUCCUCAAGCGGUGUUAAAGGUUCGAGCAACAUUAACUUGCAAAAGAAGCAACGAACAGAGGAUAAAACACGUCCGGCGAUGUUGGAUUUUGAUGUUCUCGAUUGUCCUGUUUGCUUCGAGCCACUCACUAUUCCUAUCUUCCAGUGUGAUAAUGGGCAUUUGGCUUGCUCUUCUUGCUGUCCCAAACUGAGUAAUAAGUGCCCUACAUGUACUUUGCAUGUUGGCAACAAACGUUGCAGAGCAAUGGAGAGUGUUCUUGAAUCAAUCUUUAUCCCAUGCCCAAACGCCAACUUUGGAUGCACCAAAAGUAUAUCUUAUGGGAAAGAAUCAACUCAUGAAAAGGAAUGCAUCUUCUCUCAAUGCUAUUGCCCUGCAUUGAAUUGCAAUUACACUAGCUCAUACAAGGAUCUCUACACUCACUAUCGUACAACCCACAUGGAAGUAGACCAGCUUAAUAAGUACAUUUGUGACAUUCCCUUUAGUGUCCGGAUGAACAUCGGCAGCGAUAAGAAUAUAAUAAUUAGAAAGGAAUACACAAAGAGACUCUUGUUUGCAGUGCAAUGUUUUAGGGAGCCGUGUGGUGUGUAUGUAACCGUAAGCUGCAUUGCACCAUCUGCUCCUGAAGUAGGACAGUUCUCAUAUCAUCUCUCCUACACUGUGGAUGGACACACUAUAACUUAUGAAUCACCCGAGGUGAAGAGAAUUCUUAAAGUGAGCUCCCAAAGACCUCAAGAGAGUACUUUAGUAAAACUACUAUUUAUAACAAAUGAAGGUAGAGUAAUAGAGUUUGGAGUAGCAUAA